GAAGUAACACAAACUAUCAGUGCACUCAAUUUGUGUCUUAACUUUCAUAGUUGAUGAGAAAUCGCUUCCGCUAUUCAAAACUUUGAAAUGGAAGUAAGUAGUUUAAGUUUCCAACACGCCAUCAACGAACCGCUUUUGGGUAUUCCAGUCCUUACCUAGGGUUACAGCUGAGCUAUCGCCAUGAAAAAAUCAAUCUUUAAAGAAAAGUUUAUUGCAACAAAUUUUGUGAAACCUUUGUAUGAAGUUAAAUUCACAAAAACUCCUAAUCAUGUUGACAAAACUAAUCUAGUUGGCGAUGCCUACGCGUACAGUUUAAAUAAAAAUGUGCCUUAUAUUACGGUUAAAGAAACACAAAAAUAUAGAAUAUUACCGGGUGCGUGUGAGAUUUACAAUCAAUAUGAUUUAAAAUGUGAUAGAAGUGACAAUAUGAAAGAACAAAACGAUAAUAAAGACGCUUUAAAUGACGUUUUUCGAACUGUUGCUAAUAAUAAGCUCAAAGGAAGAGACGGAAAGAAACACAUAUCGUUUAGUGAUUCUUUGGAUUUGGUUUUAGAUCAUGAUAACGAUGAAACUUGGCUGCGAGUUCGCCCGGCGCCUGUGUUGCCAGAUGAAAGCAUCGGCUCCAUUUUGUUCAGAUUCAUGGCUUGUCAAUUGGGCAUCACUACUUUCAUCAUCAUCUGGACUGCUAUUUGGGUGGCCGUAAUACACUCAUACGAAGGGCCAAAUGAAAACUUAGUAAGUGAAGAAUUUGCAAGCCAACAAAACCAGUUAGUCAUCGACUUGGCCACAGAACUCCGCUUGAUAACUCCAGUCUCGCCUAAAUGGCAGAAGGCCAUAACGGCCCGCGUGGAGGAGGCGCGGAGGCAGACCAUGCUAGCGGCGGGAAGGGGGGCCAAGUUGGACCCCGGCCGCUACUGGAACCUGGCUGGGACCUUUCUUUUCACUGUCUUCGUCAUGACUGCUCUAGGGUUUGGUGCUCCUGUGCCACAGACUAUAGAAGGUCGUUGCUUUGCUCUCCUUUACGCUGUAUUCGCUAUCCCUUUCCACGUAUAUCUCAUGAUGCAGGCUAGCACUUGCGCUGUGGCCCACGUGAACCAUUACUUGGCGCUGUGUCAGAAGAACAUCAGAGGGCCCAAACUGACGCCUCACGCUGAUAAUGACGGUAAAACAAAUAUGCAUGUGAAGGCGUAUCGACGACGAAAGAAGCUAAGCCGUUUAGUGGCCAUGCUAACAGCAGGCCACUGCGUCCCGAUAGCCAGCCUGUUGUACUACGUGAUUGGCGUGCUCAUCUUCGGCCUCGGUCGGUACCAGGAGACGGAAACGGUCGACGUGUUAAUGUUUCCCUUGCAGUUUACCACUAAUGGCGGGCUGGCUUCGUCAAGGAAACUCUUGGGCAUUUCUGUUGUAGUUGUUAUGUCAAGCCCUGUGGCCGUGCUAACAGCAGGCCACUGCGUCCCGAUAGCCAACCUGUUGUACUACGUGAUUGGCGUGCUCAUCUUCGGCCUCGGCCGGUAUCAGGAGACGGAAACGGUCGACGUGUUGAUGUUUCCCUUGCAGUUUACCACUAAUGUUGUUAUGUCAAGCCCUGUGGCCGUGCUAACAGCAGGCCACUGCGUCCCGAUAGCCAGCCUGUUGUACUACGUGAUUGGCGUGCUCAUCUUCGGCCUCGGCCGGUACCAGGAGACGGAAACGGUCGACGUGUUGAUGUUUCCCUUGCAGUUUACCACUAAUGGCGGGCUGGCUUCGGUAAGUUCUGUCAAGGAAACUCUUGGGCAGAAUUUUGUUAUGUCAAGCCCUGUGGCCGUGCUAACAGCAGGCCACUGCGUCCCGAUAGCCAGCCUGUUGUACUACGUGAUCGGAGUGCUCAUCUUCGGCCUCGGCCGCACUGUGGCCGUGCUAACAGCAGGCCACUACGUCCCGAUAGCCAGCCUGUUGUACUACGUGAUCGGAGUGCUCGUCUUCGGCCUCGGCCGGUACCAGGAGACGGAAACGGUCGACGUGUUGAUGUUUCCCCUGCAGUUUACCACUAAUGGCGGGCUGGCUUCGGUGGAGUCCCACUUCCGCAUACUGUACGGGUUUUACGUGGAAGGAGCCAUGGCGCUCCUAACUUGUACCCUGGCAGCCCUACGGCGGUACAGCGGCAAUUCGGUCAGCAACAUGACUGAGAAAUACCGCUUGUUUACGAAGGGAUGAUGGACGAUGGAGGGAGGGAUCAAUGGAGGCCACGAAUUAUAUGAGAAAUAAAGGAAAGAUUAACACAACAGAUCAAAUAUAGCUGGUCAAGCAGAUCUUAAUUGUCAGUAGAAAAGGGCGCGAAAUUCAUAUUUUCUAUGGGAUGAUAUCCCUUCGCGCCUACAUUUUUCAAAUUUGCCGCCUUUUUCUACUGACAAUAUCUGCUUGACCAGCUAUAACUAAAACUCGAUUUGACCUACUGUACCACAGACAAAACAUCCUCCAGACUGAGCAUAGUCGCGCUACCCCUGCCACGCAUACGGUAAUUUUACUCCGUGAUCGAGUCGAAAGUGUCUUUGUGUAACGUCCGUGUCUUUGAACGGACCAAUCACGGCACGGGACUUCGCUCACCUCGUCCCGCACACCCCCGCAUUUUUGGCAUCAUCGGCUGCAUGAAAUAAUUGCUCUAAACUCGGUCUAGAGGAUUCCUAGUCUAUGCCCUGUACCUAAGACAGAGUUUGACAGCAAAUGCAGAUGGCACUACACGUCUCCCUACAUUAAACGGUUCUCUUUUAAGGGCCUACCGCGAACCACGUUCGACGUGUUGCCUCUCUGUCGCACAUGUAAAUGCGUACGUAAGUGUGACGGAGGCAACACGUCGGACGUGGUUCCCGGUGUGCCCUCUGGUUGUCAAAGUCAAUGUUUGACAAUUUCACAGGCACAAUAUUUUUUUCUUAACUUUAAACAUGUGAAGUGAAUCUUUGUUUACACUUGUGUCGAAGCUUUAUACACGAUCAAUUGAUUAUUAAUUAUUAAAUAUAA